AUGAAUUUUGGUAACGAAUAUUCUCUUUACGAUUUAUUAAACAAUUUCUCAAGCCAACAAAACGCAAGAGGUCCAAGAGACAGCCCAAGAGGUAGUCCUUUCGGUGGACCACCAGGACCUCAUAUGCAUCCUCAUGGUGGCCCUCAUCAUGGUGGCCCUCAUCAUGGCGGUCCUAAUUUCGGAGGCCCUAACUUUGGUGGUCCUCGUGGAUUUCCUCCAAAUAGAGGCGGCCCAAUGAGAGGUGAGUUCCCCUUUGGUAGAGGCAAUUUUGGUCACCCAAUGUUCUCUAGAUUUGCAUCUCCCCCACCAUUCAGCCCAUUUAUGGAUCCAGAUGCUUAUUAUUACAGACCAGCUUACUAUUAUGUGGAUGAUGAUGACGAUGAGGAGGACGAUACAGAAUAUUCUAAGAUGGACCAAGAUGAUGAAGAAUCAAAACCAGAUGAAGGCGCUGAUAUCCGUUCCUAUUACCAUACUCGUCCAAGUAGAGCAGCACCAUCACAAGAUACUGCUGGUGAACCUCAAUUAGCCGAUUUCUUAAAUGCCUUUUUCGGUAAUCGCCAACCAAUAGAAGCUGAAACAAAGGAUGAAGUUAAUCCAAUUCUUGGCCCUGAAGAAGCUUCAAAAGAGGCUGAGCCAUCAAAGGAAGAACCAAAGGAGGAACUGAAGAAUCUUCCUGCUGAAGAAUCUUCUUUAGAUAAAGAAAAACCAGAGGAUGAAACUAAAAAGCAAGAUUCCGCUUCUAAGCCAAGGCCAUUAAUGAAGAAGAAAAGCUCUUCAUUCCUACAUAAACCUGCUCAUGGCCAUGCUGUAGACCCUCUUCAAGUCUCAAGACCAGAGCAUCGUAUGGACUUGCCAUUCUCUCCUGAAAUCAAUGUUUAUAAUUGUGAAAAUUCAUAUACUGUAGUAAUGGGUUUACCAGGUGCAAGUUCAAAAUCUUUCAAAGUAGAUUUCCAUCCAACCUCUCACGAAUUGCUAAUUAAGGGUAAUAUUGAAGAUAAAGUUAAUAUCGAUGAAGAAUUUUUAAAGAUUGCAGAAUUGAAAUACGGUGCAUUUGAAAGAUCUAUCAAGUUCCCAUUAUUACCUCAUAUUGAUGAUACGAAAAUCAAAGCUUCUUAUUCCAAUGGGUUGUUGCAGAUUAAAGUUCCCAAGAUUUUGGAUAGUGCUGAAAAACCAAUUCCAAAGAAAAGAAUCGUUAUUGAAGAGGUUCCUGAUGAAGAAUUAGAAUUUGAAAAAAAUCCAAAUCCAGAAAUUAAAAUUUAA